UGUUUCCGAAAAGUGAACGUUUCACGAGUCAACAGCAACGUCUUUCGAGAAGUUCUAGGCGCUGUUUGCGACAUUUUUCCUUCUUUUAUCCGUCAUCCUAUGUUUUAUGUGAUGAAAUAACUUCAGUUAGCGUUUAUUUUCAAGAUUAGUGUUCAUAGUCGUAAUUAAGUAAUCGCUAGAUUACGAUAUAAGCUAAUAUGGGCGACGAAAGCCACCCGAAAACUCUCUACGUCGGUAAUUUAGACGCGAGUGUGACAGAAGAUUUCCUAUGCGCGUUGUUCGGGCAAAUAGGCGAGGUAAAAGGCUGUAAGAUAAUACGCGAACCCGGCAACGAUCCAUAUGCAUUUCUUGAGUUUACAAGUCACUCGGCGGCGGCUACGGCCCUGGCCGCCAUGAACAAGCGAGUGUUUCUCGAGAAGGAAAUGAAGGUUAACUGGGCUACCAGUCCUGGUAAUCAACCAAAAACGGAUACGAGUAACCAUCAUCACAUAUUCGUAGGCGAUUUGUCACCAGAGAUUGAAACCCACAUAUUACGUGAGGCGUUUGCGCCUUUCGGAGAGAUCUCUAACUGUAGAAUAGUUCGCGACCCACAAACGCUCAAAUCUAAGGGUUAUGCUUUCGUAUCCUUUGUUAAGAAAGCAGAUGCUGAAGCAGCAAUUCAAGCAAUGAACGGCCAAUGGUUGGGAUCACGCUCUAUACGCACGAACUGGUCAACGCGCAAACCGCCAACAAAUAGGCCAAAUGAAGGUGCUCCAAGUAGCAAGCGGGCCAAGCAGCCGACAUUUGAUGAAGUCUAUAACCAGAGUUCACCUACUAAUACAACUGUAUAUUGUGGAGGAUUUACAAGUAAUGUUAUAACUGAGGAUCUUAUGCAAACAACAUUCUCACAAUAUGGCCAGAUACAGGAUAUAAGAGUAUUCAGGGACAAAGGAUAUGCUUUCAUUAGGUUCACAACAAAAGAAGCAGCAGCACAUGCUAUUGAAGCUACACAUAAUACAGAAAUUAGUGGACAUACAGUUAAAUGUUUCUGGGGAAAAGAAAAUGGAGGUGGAGAAAGUCAGAGUUCCAAUAACACGCCCGCCCCACCGGCCGCAGUAGCGUCGCAACCGCAAUAUCCAUAUCCCUAUCAGCAAGGCAUGGGAUACUGGUAUGCUCAGGGCUACCCGGCGCUACAAGGCUACAUGGCUCCUGGCUACUACCAACAAUACACCGCUGCCUACAGCAACCCGCAGGCUGCCGCUGCUGCCGGAUACCGCAUGAGCAUGCCGGGCGGCGGCGCGGGCGGCGCGGGCGGCGCGUGGGCGGGGCAGCCGCCCGUCAUGUACUCGGCCGCCAUGCCGUCGGCGCAGUACCCCUCGCAGUAACGCCCGCCCUCCGGAGAUAAGACAAUAUUCUCGAUAGAAGUGGACGCUGUUAUCGGAUUUAGUGCCGGCGUCUGAUCGUCGUGCGAUGUUGUCGACGCGAACUUUUUCAAUUUCGAAUAAGGUUCAUUCGAUUUCAAAUGGAAUUUGUUCGACGUUGAACGAUAACGACCCGUCUCGCCGGCUCGUUGUAACUAAAUCCGAUAACAGUCCUGUUAUACUGUGCGUUUUAUACGGUUUAUGUCUUACGUUUUUAUAUGUGGGUAGGUGAAUGAUGUAAGCUCACCGCUGAGGCGCGCCUACUCGAUUCACAGAAACGUGGACAUUAUAUCAAUGUGCUACGAUGGAAUUUCCGAAAUUGUACACUCAAUUGAUUACAAUUUGGAAAUUCUGUCCUAAAUUAAUAAUGCCAUAGUUUAAACGUUAAUGUUUUACUGUAAGUUGAUACGGUGUAAAGGAUGUAUAAGUCUAAACAUAAUGGUAUUUUUCAUUAUAUGCGUUUACCUCAUAUGUUGUUUGUAUGUGAAUCAGGGUUUGUUUUAAAGUUUCCUGCUAGUACCCAAAAAAAGUGAGACUUCGACAACAUAUGUGGUAAAACAUGAGCAAUAAGUCUAUUUUCUACCUCCAUAUAAAAUUGUAAGACUGAACGACCUACACGGUAAAGUAGUGUAAUAGGUUCUUAAAUACCUACUUCUUUUAUUAAGAAUAUUCUCUUGGAAUUGUCCGGUCUCAAUCUGGUCUAUACAGUUUGGAAGUUGACUUUGGCAGAGCGAUACAAUAGAGUUUAAUGUCAUCGGCCUCACAUGAUUUAGAUCUAGAGAUGCUCAUGUCUUUUCAGAUAUGAUUUAAAAGGAAUUAUGUUGAUUUACAGAUAAAAGUUUUAUAACAAAAAAAUUGAUACAUGUAUAUCAGAAUGCAAAAACCGAUUUAUUUUCAAGACUUACAAAAUGUCUGCAAGCACUAUUGAUCGCCUGCCAAGCGAUGUAGUAAGCGUAGUAGUGCCAAUAUAGUUUCCUUUUAAGGCUUGUUUGCUUUCUCAACGUUAUUUAUAAUUUACAACCGCCUUGAAGAGGCUAAUAUUCAGUUUGGUAUUUGUCUAAACACGUGGGUUUAAUUUUACAUUUUUGUUUGUAGCAUGUACUGUCCGAAGCAUGCAUUGUCAAGUGCCUCUUGGUGAUUAACCUAUCACCUAUAAUACAGUUAGCGUACAAAUAGUGCAACGAUUAAUAUAAGAUAUUUACCUAGCGAAUACCGAACAGAAUAUGUUUAAUUGUAAUAGACUUUCAGGAUUUGAUCUUCAUCCCACCCGUGUAUUGUGGUCAGAAACUAUAAACCAAAACAGAGAUAUGAUAAUUGUCUAAAUAUACUCAUUUCUUCUCUGCCUUAUAUAAAUUUGUGCACAGUCUUAGUGUUUAAUUAAAUCCUACCCUGGGCUCUAAUCACGGAAGGUGCAAUAGAGUCUUAGUGAGAUUAUAACUUUGGCAUUACUACUAAAGAUUCGAUGUUUAGUUUUGGAUGGAAUUUCAGUGUUAUUUAAAUUUUGAUAUAUACUGAAUUUACGUCUGAUCGUAAUGUUGAAACUUGAUAAUCUAUCUUGUGAAGAUCUUAUACGCGAUUUUAGUUUAGGCGAUAUAGAUUAUCGUAUUGACAAAGCGCUGGCCACACCGAGGGCGGGAAAGCAUUCUGACACCUUCGAUUUCUCAAUGCUAUGAUUUUUUAAAAACCUGUUUGAAUGGAGAAAGGAUCCCCCAUUUAUUUCUUAAACACACAAACCAUUUACUUUUUUUCCAUAAACGUGUCCAAGCAUCUUUUAUUUUCAAAGUUUAUUCAUAUAUUUGCCCACUUAAAAACGUUAAGACUCCGUUACCUAGCUUUUUCGCUACCUGUGUGGUCCCCGCUUUACUUCGCGAGAUAGGAUGUCCUUACUACACGUGCAUCCAUCACAGAAUGGACAGUUGGUUUGCAAUGAUCCCUGUUGGCGGCAACACAAGAUUUGAACAGCAUACAAUUCGAUUACGCCUGAAGUAGAUAUUUAGUAAAGGCAACUUAUUAUAUGCUGGCAAAAAUCUUCUAUCAAAAUGGCUCGUGUAUAAUAGAGAGAUUACAUUUCUCCAUCCUUCCUAUCUUACUUACAUUUAUCUGUGUUGACAGAGAUUAUUGUAGACCAACAAUUGUAUUAUAUAAUAGGGAUCCCCUAGAGGGAUUUAAGGAAUCCCCCAUCCGAUGAUUGAGGGGACUUCACAUCCGGACUUGUAUCGUUGAUACAAACGCACACAAGUGUCUUCAACAAUAGUCAAUGUUUUUUUUUUACCAAGUUCUACACUCCAUGGACUGCCGUCCCGAAUAUUGCGGCGUUGUCAUACAUAUCUUCGAGACGUGGACAACGGCUCGCUAAAAUAUGUCGCGUGGACGCCACCAAACUACGAUGGACCUGACUUCUAAUUACAAGCAAUAGUUGAGAACAUAUAGUCAAUUUAAGAACAGGAUACCUAUAAAAAGAUAUGUCAAUGUGGAUGAGCGCAUCAGGUCCACCGUUAGUUCCCAACGGAACGUCGCAGCGCUGUCCUGCGACGCCAAAGUUACGUUUACGCCUCCCUUGUUAGUCGACCUAUAUAGAUAGGACAUAACGAAAUAAAUUAUAAAUUUUUAAAAGAUAAAUAUAUAAGGGGAGUUGUGUCGCGAGUGUCCUCGUGUACAUACGUUGAUAUUUAUUGGCGCUCUGCGCUCGCAGACUGAGAUAUGCCCGAGACUCCUCGACGACGCGCCAGAGAGUUUGACGUAUUUAUAAUAUUAAGUUCGACACUGUUGUUUUGUUUGACCUUGUUAUGAUUUAUUGUAUGGAAACACUGGUAAGUCAAUAAAACAGUGGGACUGGGAAUGGGUGUUUGAUUUACCGAUAUAUAUUUAUGAACGACUAUAUAACUAUGUAUUAUGUUUAUUUCUGGGUCCAAAUUUUUAUACAAACGUCGACUCGGUAGCCUGUGAUUGAAGUCUGCACAAUAUACAUUCGGAUGACGAAAUUAUUGUAAAUUCUUAAAGGUCAUUUUGUAAAAGGAAAAAAUAAAUAGUUAAGUUUACAAUUA